AUGAAAGCCAGUCUACUUUCUGCCGUCUCUUCUUUUACCCUGGCUUUGGCCACGGGUUCAACCAAGCUGCUUCCAUGGUCACCCCCGGGGCACGGCGAUGUGCGAGGUCCUUGCCCAAUGCUGAAUACCCUUGCGAACCAUGGCCUUCUACCACACAAUGGCAAAGAUAUUUCUCAGGAGGUCAUUACCGAGGUCCUGAACAACACGCUGAAUCUUGCAGACGGUCUCUCCGCGUUUCUAUUCGAAGAGGCCAUGACAACAGUUGAAGACCCCAAAGCCACUACCUUCUCCCUGAGCGACCUCAAUUGCCCUGGCAUUCUAGAGCACGAUGGCAGUUUGAGUCGCCAGGACACCUACUUCGGAAACAACCAUGAGUUCAACCAGACAAUAUUCGACCAGACGAAGUCGUACUGGACAACGCCUCUUAUCGAUAUGUACCAAGCAGCUGAAGCACACGAAGCACGGUUGAACACUUCCAAGGCCACCAAUCCUACCUUCAAUCUUUCGGAAACCGGAUUAACGUUCAGUUUCGGAGAGACUGCCGCGUACAUGAUUGUAUUUGAGGACACUAAUCUCGGCUACGCUAACAGAUCUUGGGUCGAAUACUUCUUCGAAAACGAGCGCCUACCCCAAGAGCUUGGAUGGACCAAGCGACCAUUCAUCACCACGGGCCAGGUCCUUGUCGACAUGACAACCUGGGUUAUAAACUCCACUAUCGGAGUCACACCGGAGGAGCAAGCUGAGAUGCAAGAUUUUGGUAAGAAAAUCACGGGAUAA